CUUUUGCUCCAAAGUUCUCGACUUGAAAAAAAAAAAAAAAUCCAAAGACGCACCGAAUUAGUCAAUAGUCAUACACGUAAACACCAACACCAAAAACAUAAGCAAGUAAAAGUGGUGGUGAUCAUGGUCGUUGCCACCAUGACAUGGCGUAACAAGGCGGUGCCGGAGGAAAAAGCCCUCGGAAUCAACUCCUUCGACGCCGGAAAAACCAUGUGCCGCCUCAUCUCCCUCUACCAUUCCCUCUCCGACCAAGAAAUCGCCAAGCUCCACCACAAGGUGAUCAAAUCGAAAGGCAUAACCUACUUGAAUUCCCAGCAUGAAUGCUUCCUCCUCAACCUCGCCGCCGCGGAACGCCUGGAGGAACUCGACACGGCGGCUGACGCCGUCUCGCGGCUCGGCCGGAAAUGCUCCGACAGCAGCCUCGGACGCUUCGACCUUGUUUACGCCGACCUAAAGCUCGGUCUUAUCGAUCUCCGGAAGUUAGUUUACGGUUGCCGCAACAGUCUUAAGAUGAUAUCCAAAAUGGAGAAACUCGUCUCUUCUACCAGGAGUCUUUAUACUGCCAUGGAAUCCAUGGCGAAACUGGAGAUUUCAGAGAAGAAGAGGCAAAGGUUGAAGACUAAUGAUUAUAACAAUUUUACGAAACAAAACAUGGAAUAUUUGGAUGAGGAGAUAGCAUGUUGUCGAAAACAAGUGCAGCAUUACAAGGAAGUUUCGUUGUGGAACCAAACAUUGGACAAAACCGUUGGAAUCAUGGCUAAGGUAGUUUGCAUUGUGUACGCCAGAAUUUGUUCUGUUUUUGGAGGGUACAUUGCCAAUUGCAGCUGCUAUAGCAUCAACGGUGAUGGAGACAGUGAAAACGGUAGUUGUUGCUGCCUUUUGGAACACCGUGAGUUGUACAAGAAGAACUAUUGUCUCCACGAGGAAUCACUUCACAAGGCUGUCACAAGAUCGGGUCCAAUCCCAAAGGGUAGUAGCAACAAAACCGGUGUGAUUCGUUUCUUGAACCGUGGAUUUGAUAGCCCAGUGAAUAACGGAGUUAACAAUAGGGUUUUGAGGCUGGCGCCGCCGUCGACGGUGGGCGGAGCGGGGCUUGCGGCGAGGUACGCGGAGGUGGUUUUGCUUGCGGAGCAGUGUCUGCACGCGCCGGCGACGAUGGGACAGGGCGCGCGGGCGGCGUUUUACGGGAUGUUGCCGGAGAGGGUGAGGCAGAAGGUGGCAGCGAAGCUGAAGGGGCGGUGGCGGAGGGGAGAGGAGGGGGAAGCUCUGGCGGAGGGGUGGCGGGACGCGGUGGAGAAGCUGCUGGAGUGGCUGUCGCCGGUGGCGCACGACACGGUGCGGUGGCAGGAGGAGAGGAGCGUGGAGACGGCGAGGUUUGAGGCGGGGACGACGGCGCUGCUGCUGCAGACGCUGCAUUACUCGGACUUGGAGAAGGCGGAAGCCGCCAUUGUGGAGGUGUUGGUGGGUUUGAGUUGCAUAUGUAGGUGUGAAAGAACAUGAAAUAAUAACACCAGAGAAACUAUUAUCACAUAAACCCUAAAAAUUUUACACGAUUCAAGAUCACUUAAUAUCCAACUAGUCUUGAAUUAAGAAGAAUGGUUUUAGAUUAUGGUUAUAAUAUUAGUAGGAAAUUGAGAUAUGGUCAUGGAAGCAGUUUGAAAUUUUAUAGUAAGGGGAUGAAUAUGUGUAUUGUGUAUGGUUUUCGGAGUACUUUUGAUUAAUUUGAUUCUUUGAUUCUUUUGUUCUUAUGUAUAAUUGGUAGUUAGUGUUGACAAAUAUGUACUUCUAAUGAGUUAGAAAAUAUUUUAGCAUAACUCCAAUUGGAGCAGAGUUGGUUGCUUCCCAGGU